AUUAGUUAACAAGAAAUUAAUUAACUUUUGUUAAGAUUAAAACAAAAUAGUUGUUAUUAGGUGCUUCGUGGUUUUGGGUUACAUGUUAACGACUGUAAUUAAAUUUAUUUAAAUAUUAAUGAAAUGGGGGAAGCAUAUUUUAGAUUAAAGCAUAAGCUCGAGGAACUUGGCUACAAUUAUCAGUUACCAUUAGACUCUGUGCCUUUAGUAGAAUGUAUAUUCGCGGAUUUAGUGCAAACUACCAAAAGUCUGCAGCACUAUAUGGAACUUUCGAAAGAUGCACUCAAUGAACGAGAGUCACUAAUAUUGGCCGUUGAACCAUACAAAUGUGAUAAUGCUCGACUUAUCCAAGAAAACAAUAAACUGCAUCAAGAGAAUAUACUGCUAAAAGAGGAAAAAGUUAAAAUAAGUAAGGAAUAUAAAUUUAAAAUUAAAAACCUAACAAAUGAAGUGACUCAAAAAGAUUUACUUAUUUCUAAAUUACAACAUGACAUACGAGAUUUGGGUCUAAGAGGCCUCUGUGCGGAUACCUUGAGUAGCAGAAAUAGAAGUAAAAAGAAAGAAGAUGCUGAUACCUGCCCUCCAAAAAUAUGUACAUGCAAAGCUGAGAAAUCAGAUGUUACUGAUGUCGCUGACUUGAAAUCAAGUAUAUUAACAUUAAAGACUCAAGUAGAAGAAUACAUAGAUGAUAUUAAUAUAUUAAAACAGCAAGUCGAAAAUAGGGACUCUGAAAUAGUUCGUUUGAAAAUGCUUCUUGAAGGUGGUAGAGCUGUUAAAGUAUUGAACAAGGAGUGUAUGGAAAAUAACCCACAGACCAAGAACUAUAGUCUAAUAAAAGAAAUUAAAGAGCUAGAACUUGCAAAUGAUAAUCUUAGAAAAGAAUUUGAAAAGAGCUUAGAAAAACAACAUGAGGCAAUGCUUCGGGCUUUAGACCUUGCCGACAAAAACAAACAAUUGCAAGAAGAAAUGCAAAAAGUUGACAAAUUAGCUUUAAAAGUUGAAGCAGAAUGUAACAAAAAGUUACAAACAAUGACUAAUGAGGUAAUGUCCUUACAAAGUAAAAUUAGUGACCUGAGUAUGAGAAAUUCGAAACUUGAGCAAGAAGGAAUGAUAAGGAAUUCAAAAGAAAAUAGUAGCAGCAAAUCUCAACCAUAUGCAAAGUUUGUAGAUGACCUGCAAGAAAAACAAGAUUUACAAAAGCAGAUUAGCUCUUUAACAGAGGUAAAUAACAGUUUACAAGAGAAAAUUUACUCAUUAUCGCAGGUGCUAAAUAAUUUUAAUCACAAACUCUGCUGUAAUAAUAAAACUGAUAAUUCUACUAACAAUGACCUUCUGAAAUAUGAACUGCAAAAAGUAAUACAAGAUGAGAGAAAAAAGUAUGAAAUUUCUUUAGCCGAGUUACAAGAAAGACUAAAUGAGGCAAUAAAUUGCUUCAGUAAAUAUGUUAAAGAUAAAACAAAUAUAUAUAAAACUCAAGAACCACUUGAAAAUACUUACAUUAGGGAUUUGCACAUUAAGUUGUGUGAACACGAAAGUAAAAUUCUAUUGUUGAAGAAAGAAAAUGAUGAGCAUAAGAAUAAAAUAAAAAAUCAAGAAGAUUGUGACAAAGAAAAAUAUCAAGAAAUAAUAAGCCAUUUAAAUUUGGAAAAUUCAGAACUUUCCAAAGAAAAUAUCUUACUCACUAAGCAAAUAAGUCAAUAUAAAACCCUUAGAGAUCCAACAUUUGAUAGAGGAGAUAGUUGUAAAGAAGAAGUACAAAAACUGAGUAAAAAACUUGAUUUAAUGAAUAACGAAUUCAAAAUGUUACAAAAAGAUAAGAAUGAGUACAUGUACAGAUAUAAAGAGGCAAUGGAUUUAGUUGACAAAUUAAAAAGGGAUCUAAUAACAAAACAGAAAGAAAUAGAGAAUUUAGAAGAAGAAAAUUGUUCUUAUAAGUUAAGUAACAGAACAGAACGAGCAACAUUUGACCACAUGAGAGAUGAAUGUUCUUUAUUAAGAGAACAGAUGAAAAAUCUCAAAAGUAAAUUAAUGGAAGAAAAAACAGUUGCAAAUCAAAUUAAAAAUAUUCAAAUUGAAUCAGAAAGAAGCAGUGCUGAAAUUCAAAGUGAAUUAUUAAAGGUCCAAAAGAAAUUAAGCAUAUCAAGUGAUAUGAUUAGAGAUUUAGAAGAAUCAUGUAAAAAACUGCAAUCAGAAAUAUUUGCUUUACAAAGUGAUAAAUCAAAUUUAAUGGAACGUGUUAAGGCAAUUGACAAGGAACGUGAUGAACUUGUUAUUGAUUUAGAUAAUAAAACUGAGACAGUCAAUGUCUUAAAUGAAAAAAUUAAGACACAAUCCUACGAAAUAAAUAAGUUGAACAAUGAAAUAGUUGAUCUCAAAAGAAAGCUUAAUAAUAACCGCGUUUUGGAGCACAAGGUUGUUGAUUAUGAAUCUCAAAUUAAAUUUCUUAAUGAAGAGAAAUUACAACUUUCAAAACAAUAUGAUUUGGCUAUAAUGGAGAAUAAACGUUUGCAAAACGAUUUGGCUGAUGCAAAUGGUAUGCUAAAAUUAACAAAGAUUGAGCAUGAAAAAUCAAAACGAGAUGUUGAUAGUCUUAAGCAACAGUUGCAACAUUAUGUUGAUGAGAUACGCAGAAUCGAAGAACUAUUGUCACAAAAGGAAGCUGAAAGAUCAGAUAUGUUGGAACAUUUUGCAAGUCUUUCAGUUGAAGCAAACAUCUUAGAGAAUACAAAUCAUUCAUUAGAAAGUGAGUCUGCUUCAAAAUCACUCCAAUUGCAGACAUAUAUGAGUAAAAUCCAAGAUUUAGAAAGUCAAAUAUCAGACAAAGACAACAUGAUAGACAGUCAGUCGGCUCGAAUAGCAGCAAUGACAUGUAAACUAACCGCUUUAGAAAAUGACGUAAAACUGUUAAAUGAGGAGAAGAUAAUUUUAGAAGAGAAUAUAGCAUGUCUCAAGCAAAAAUGCAGCAAUAUGAAGCAGAGUGAAAUAUUUUCUUCCAAAAGCAUAAAUGGUCAUGCAGCAGAAAUAAAAGCAUACGAGAAUAAAAUAAAAAGUAUUAACCAUUUAAAAAAUAAUUUGGAAGAUGAAAAUGCCAGUUUAAAGAAGCAAAUCAGCACUGCAGAAAAACUUUUGUCUGAUGCUAGAAGAGAGGUAGUGGAACUUAAACUAGCCCUUCAAGAUGCAACUGAUGAAAGAAAAUCGUUACAUGAAUUGAUAAAUAAACAUGAAGAUACCUUAAUUGAGCAUGCAAUAUCCAAAGAGAAGCAAGACAUGCCUAUCAUUUUGGAAGAUGAACUCAAUGAAAUAAAUUAUGAAGACAAUCUUAGUGAACACUCUACCACAUUUGUUGGAAAAAGUUAUAAGUAUGGCCACAGCAGCACAUUAUAAUAUUUUGAGUUUUA